GCAUGGCGUGGAAUCAAUUCAAGAAGCGGAUGCAGGAUGUUGUGAUCAUCCUGGGGGGCGGAGGCCUUCUGUUUGCCUCCUACCUGACCUCCACAGGGGAUGAGCACUUCUAUGCUGAACACUUGAUGCCAACUCUGCAGAGACUGCUGGACCCCGAGUCUGCCCACAGGCUGGCUGUUCGCUUUACCUCGCUGGGGCUCCUUCCUCGUGCUACAUUUCAAGAUUCUGACAUGCUGGCAGUGAAGGUGCUGGGCCACAAAUUCCGAAAUCCAGUAGGAAUUGCGGCAGGAUUUGAUAAGCAUGGGGAAGCUGUGGAUGGCCUUUACAAGAUGGGGUUUGGCUUUGUUGAGAUAGGAAGUGUUACCCCAAAACCCCAGGAGGGAAACCCCAGGCCCAGAGUCUUCCGUCUUCCUGAGGACCAAGCCAUCAUUAACAGAUACGGUUUUAACAGCCAUGGACUCUCAGUGGUGGAGCACAGACUACGGGCCAGGCAGCAGAAGCAGGCCAACCUGUCACAAGAUGGGCUGCUCCUGGGAAUAAACCUGGGGAAGAAUAAGACCUCAGCAGAUGCUUCUGCGGACUAUGCAGAGGGAGUGCGAGUUCUGGGCCCCUUGGCUGACUACCUGGUCAUCAAUGUGUCCAGUCCAAACACUGCAGGGCUGCGGAGCCUCCAGGGAAAGGCUGAGCUGCGCCACCUGCUGACCAAGGUGCUGCAGGAGAGGAACGCCUUGACGGACAAGCACAAGCCGGCUGUGCUAGUGAAGAUCGCUCCCGACCUCACGGCCCAGGACAAGAAGGACAUUGCUGGGGUGGUGAGAGAGCUGGGUAUUGAUGGAUUGAUUGUCACAAACACUACAGUGAGUCGCCCCACCAGCCUGCAGGGUGCUCUGCGCUCAGAAACAGGAGGACUGAGCGGGAAGCCCCUCCGGGACCUGUCAACUCAGACCAUUCGGGAGAUGUACGCACUCACCCAAGGCAGAGUCCCCAUCAUCGGAGUUGGAGGUGUGAGCAGUGGGCAGGAUGCGCUGGAGAAGAUCCGGGCAGGGGCCUCCCUGGUGCAGCUGUACACAGCCCUCACCUACCAGGGUCCGCCUGUGGUGGGCAGGGUCAAGCGGGAGCUGCAGGCCCUUCUGAAGGAGCAGGGCUUCAGCAGUAUCACAGAGGCCAUUGGGGCAGAUCAUCGGAGGUGA